AUGGCUAAGAGACAGCGCGGGGCUACAUUGGCGUCUUUACAGCCUUCCAAAAAACCUCGAAACGACAGGAUUACUCAUCCGCUUAUCUCUCCAAGCUGUACAAUCUAUGUUCGAAACAUAAACGACAAAGUGUCAAAGGAUGCAGCAAAAAGGAGCCUUUACAUUUUGUUCUCCACCUACUGCGAUGUUCUCCAGAUAUUUUACACAAAUGCUGGAAAAUUGAGAGGUCAAGCUUGGCUUGUUGUCAGCUCCAUAGAAGAAGCUGAACUGGCACUUGUUCGUUUACGAGGAAUCACUGUUUUUGGCAAGAACUUGCAGAUGGAAUUCAGCAGAAACACAUCCAGGCUUGUUUCCCAGCUCACGGAGGUGAGUGUAUGA